AUCGAUGAAAUGCUGAUCCAACACUAUAGCACAACAUCAACCACAUGAAGCAAUGAUAUAUACUUAUUAUAUAAGAUGUACAUAUUAACAAAGAUCAUUCACCCAAAAACACACACAUGAAUUAAUGGAUCCAGUGCCCAAAAUUGUUGACAAGAAGCCUCAUGUUGUGUUCAUACCAUUUCCCACACAAAGCCAUAUCAAGUGCAUGCUCAAACUAGCCAGGCUUCUGCACCAAAAUGGCAUCUAUAUAACCUUCAUCAACACCCACACCAACCAUAAGCGACUCGUGGACUCCGCUGGGCUCGAGGAGGCUCCUGGUUUCUGGUUCAAAACGGUUCCUGAUGGGCUCAGUUCUGCUACAGACGACGGUGUCAAACCUACUGAAGCCAUAACUGAAAUCGUUGCCUACCUUGCAACUAAUUUCUUUGAUUGUUUUCUUGAUGUUGUAUCCGGGCUUGAAAAUCCGAUUACAUGUAUGGUUUGUGAUGGUUUCAUGACUUUCACCAAGGCGAUUGACGCUGCAGAGAAGCUUAAGGUUCCCGUCAUGCUUUUCUGGACCAUGGCUGCUUGUGGAUUCAUGGGCUUUUACCAGGUUAAAGUUCUAACAGAGAAAGAAAUCAUCCCACUUAAAGAUGAAAGUUAUCUGAGGAAUGGGUAUCUUGACAUGGAAAUAGAUUGGAUUCCUGGAAUGGAAGGAAUCCGCUUGAAGGAUCUACCCGAGUUUACACUAGCCACAAGCAGUGACGACCCUAUGUUUCGUUUCUUCAUGGGAUUGGCUCAAGAGGCUCAUAAGGUCUCACACAUGAUCAUCCAUACUUUUGAGGAACUGGAGGCCCGUCUUGUGGGUGAGAUUAAAUCCAUAUUUCCUAAUGUCUACACCAUUGGGCCUCUUCAGUUGCUUUUGGACCAGACUACCGUAAAAGAAACUAAUAAUCGCUAUAGCUUAUGGAAGGAAGAACCCGAAUGUGUCCAGUGGCUAAAGACAAAGGAACCCAAUUCUGUUGUGUAUGUCAACUUUGGAAGUUUGGCAGUAAUGUCUGUACAAGAUCUAUUAGAAUUUGGAUGGGGACUUGUUAACAGUAACCAUUAUUUUCUUUGGAUUAUACGGACGGAUUUGGUUGAUGGGAAGCCUUUGGUUUUUCCCCAAGAACUCGAGGAGGCGAUAAACAAGAAAGGGUUUAUAGGAAGCUGGUGUUCACAGGAAGAGGUGUUGAAUCACCCGGCGGUUGGUGGGUUCUUGACUCACUGUGGUUGGGGUUCGAUUAUUGAGAGCUUGUCGGCUGGGGUGCCUAUGUUAUGUUGGCCAUCUAUCGGUGAUCAACGAACUAACUGUAGACAAACAUGCAAGGAAUGGGAGGUUGGUAUGGAGAUCUCGAGGAAUGUGAAAAGGGAUGAAGUGGAGAAGCUUGUGAGGGCGCUGAUGGAGGGAUUAGAAGGUAAAAUAAUGAGGAAGAAAGCUUUGGAGUGGAAGAAAAUGGCGGAAAUCGCGACCGAUUCUAAUGGGUCGUCUCGUUGGGACACGAAGAAUCUUGCUGAUGAAAUCAACAGGUUAUCAAGGAACUAGUCAAAAAUUCGGUUACUCUCACCGAAUUUAUGUAAGAGUCUAGUCAAUAAUUCGAUCGAAUUUGAAUUUAACGAGUGAGUACUAGAAUUAAUUGAAACUUUAGGCUCGUUGUAUUAUUUAGGACAACUUUUGAUAUAUGAGUACACUAUUUCUCUC